AGAAGAACCUACCAGUCUUCUCUUCUUCCUCUUCUUUCAAUCUAUUUUCGUCUCUCCGACACACUCACUGAAACUGUGUUUUCUGAGUGACAACAAAGAAGACAUGCGGAGGACACUAUGGUUGCCCAAUCCUACACCAUAUCAGCCUUUGAUGCAUCCAACUCAUAGCCGCUCUCAGCGAUUGCAAGACACAUUGGCGUGCAUUCUGGCCCCUAUGACCCUUUAUAUUUGUGUUUCAGCCAGUCUCCUGUAUGGGUUUUACGGGGAUACUCGCCUUGUGCUUGGUCCAAGCUCAUCCCGUUUGAUGAAGGCGAGUUCAGUUUUUGUGGAGCAGGUUGAAGUAACAAAUGAGUAUAAUAAUGGUGUUCUGCUCUAUGCUUUCAAUAAGAAGCCUGAGUUAAGCUCCCAAACAAAUUGGAGUGCAUCAAAAUUCCUAGUUGUUGGAGCAUACAGUCGGAAGGGAAUUUCUUUGUGGUUAAAUAAAGGCUCCACCAUUCGAAUGAGGUGGGAAGCACCAGCCAGUAGUAUAAAUCAACUUGAAGGGAUAGUGAUUAAAGGAGAAAGGAAGUUUGAAAAACUAAAGCCUAAAGAAACGUUCUUCCUUGAUGCAGUUGCUGGUCGUGAGUCUGUAGAUGGUAAAGAAGCUGAAUACAUUGUUGAGGAAGAUGAUGGGUACCACAUUGGGGUUCUAAACAUGAAUGCCAGGAGCAUAAUAUUGACCAUGAAUGUUAAUGUUUCGGCAAAGGUAUAUGAUACCACCAAAGCCAAAAAGAUGUGCUCUGCUGCGAAUGGAUCGUGCAGACUUAGUCUUCUCUUCCCGAACACCUAUUAUGUAAUUCUAACGGCACCAAAAAUUGGAGAUGAUGACGAAUGGUAUGUUGAAGUUUCUUUUAUAGCUCGUGUAAUAGCCUACGUAGCUGUUUUAGGACUUUUUAUGAUUGUUAUUUUCCUGAUACUGAGAUGCCUUGGAGUGCGUGAUGUUGAUGAUCACAAUACUAAUGUGGAGACAUACGAAACAAGUAAUGUAGUUGCAGCACAAGAGAUAACUGAAAAUGAGGCCAUGACGCAUUUGAAGCCGAAUCCAAUGACAUAUGGAACAAACGAAAAUCGUGAUGAAGAAUCGGAUGUGUCCAGUAGCUCUUCAGAUGAGUUAUAUGAUGAAAAAUUAUGUAUCAUUUGUUAUGAUGAACAACGCAACUGCUUCUUUGUUCCUUGUGGCCAUUGUGCCACUUGCUAUGACUGUGCACAGAGGAUCGUUGAUGGGGAGAGCAAAGUGUGUCCCGUAUGCCGAAGGCUUAUUCACAAAGUAAGAAGAUUAUUCCAUAGUUAGGCUUGCCAAUAUGCAGUGAUAUUGAUGUGGAAGAUCAUGUGUAUGGUGGAGGAAAUUUGAGAUGAAAUUAGAAAUUGGAAGUAGGUUGCUUGAAGAGUGUGAGUGUGUGCUAUUCUAUCCGUAGCUCAAAUGUAUUCCCAAGGCUUUCUAUUUUUCCAUCGAGCUGCAGGGGAAUGAGUUACCAUGAUUUUGACUCUUGAGUUCAUCUUAGCAGCAAUAACUGGCAAUUUUUUUAUUACUUCUUGACUUGAAAGAUUGAUCUUAAAAAAUUGCCAUGUUACUUUGACAGUAUAAUUAGCACAAUGUUUCAGACUGUUUGUUUAUUCUUUGAG